GCGCGUGAAGCUGCUCCAUCAGGACUCAGACUCUGAGGUUUUCUGCGCGCUGACAGACUGAAUGAAGCAGAAUUCAUGAAGCACCGGCAACAUUCAUCGACUGAAUUUUCUCCGUAAAAGGACGAUUCAGAAAACGAACCGGGAGACCGAAACAUCGAUUUCUCUUCUUCUUCGUUCCAACCCGGACCGGGCUGCUGCUGCUGAUCGUAAAUUUUUGACUUUUGCACCACGUGGGGGGUGUGAACAGGUGCGCUCACAGAUUGUGGCAGAAAUGUGGCACCGCGCGCCUUCUGGAGACGUUGGCACUUAACGUGCCGUUGCGCACAGCGAUGCGCACGUGUCCGCGUGCGUUAUGCUGAAGGACUCGACUUUCGUCGAGCUGGAACUGAUGCGACUCGUCGACACGCACCUCCCGCAACUGAUGUCCCUGGAGGACCGCGAACCCACGCUGGCGGACGGGACGUUCGGUCCACGCAACGCCACGCCGCCGGGAGCGGAGGAGGGCGCGGCGGGCCCGCGGCACGCUGCGCCCUGGACGGUGCCCCUGCUGGCCGGCGUCCUCAUCACCACCAUCGUGGUGGACGUCAUCGGAAACCUGCUGGUCAUCGUGUCCGUGUUCAGGAACAGAAAACUCAGGAAAGCAGGGAAUGCCUUCGUCGUGAGCCUGGCCUUCGCCGACCUGGUGGUUGCCAUCUAUCCCUACCCACUGGUCCUAACCGCCAUCUUCCAUGAUGGCUGGAUUGCCGGUUACAUUCACUGUCAGAUCAGUGGGUUCCUGAUGGGCUUCAGUGUCAUCGGCUCUAUCUUCAACAUCACGGGCAUCGCCAUCAACCGCUACUGCUACAUCUGCCACAGCCUCAAGUACGACAAACUCUUCUCCAACAGCAACACCAUGUGCUACGUCGUGCUGGUGUGGACGCUGACUAUCCUGGCCAUUGUACCCAACUGGUUUGUAGAGUCGCUGCAGUACGAUGCACGGGUGUACUCGUGCACCUUCGCCCAGUCGGUGAGCUCGCUUUACACCAUCACGGUGGUGGUGGUCCACUUUAUCCUACCAAUCGCCAUUGUCACCUACUGCUACCUGCGCAUCUGGAUUUUGGUGAUCCAGGUGAGGCAGAGGGUCAAGCCGGACUCACGGCCCAAGAUAAAGCCGCAUGACUUCCGCAACUUCCUCACCAUGUUUGUGGUGUUUGUGCUUUUUGCCGUCUGCUGGGCACCUCUAAAUCUGAUUGGCUUGGCGGUGGCCGUGGACUCCAGGCUGGGCCGCGCCAUACCAGAAUGGCUGUUCACAGCCAGCUACUUCAUGGCGUACUUCAACAGCUGUCUCAACGCCGUCAUCUACGGUGUCCUAAACCACAACUUCAGGAACGAGUACAAGAGGAUCGUCCUCAUCAUCUUCAAGUUCCACUGCUGAGACGACAUAAAGACAUCAGCUG